AUGGCCAUUUCCCCGUUCAAACUCAGUGUCCCAGAUGAAGAACUCUCACUGCUCAACCAAAAGCUCAAGCUGGCACGGAUUCCAGAUCUGCCCGAAAGCCUAGCCGACGACAAUGGCUUGACUGGGCAGUCAAUUCGUAAGCUCGUCGACUUCUGGCUAAACGACUUCGACUGGCGCAAGGAGGAAGCGGAGCUCAACAAGCUCCCACAGUUUCCCACACCCGUCGACAUUUCUGAUGAUUUUGGCCCACUGGAUGUCCACUUCGUGCAUUCGAAGUCCUCAAAGACCAACUCAACGCCGCUUCUGUUCUUCCACGGCUGGCCAGGCAACUUUGCAGAGAUUACCAAAGGCCUCAAGCGCCUAAACGAUGAAGGCUUCGAUGUGGUGGCUCCUUCACUUCCAGGAUAUGGAUUCACAGCAUACCCCAGAAAGCACGGUUUCGAUUUGAGCAAAGUCGCGGAGAUGGGCACGAAGCUGAUGAUAAAGCUAGGAUAUCAAAGAUUUGUCGCACAAGGAGGUGACUGGGGCUCCAUGAUCGUCAAAUUGGUUGCUCAAGACUACCCCGACAACGUGAUGGCCGUACAUGCACAGCUCUGUAUUCCUCGUUGA